AUGGCAUCCAAUAAGAAGAGCAUCUCUGCUUACGGCAGGGCUCGCUCGACGGUGGAAGGUAACCCGCUCGACACCGAGACAGUCCGCAAAACCCAUGCCUACUUCCGAGCCAGCAUGUAUCUAUGUCUGGGCAUGCUCUACCUCCGCGACAACCCACUACUCAGAGAGCCCCUCAAGCUAGAGCAUCUCAAAGCUCGACUCUUAGGUCACUGGGGUUCCGAUGCCGGACAAUCCUUCACCUGGAUACACAUGAACCGGCUCAUCAAGAAGUACAACCUUGAUGUCCUGUUCGUUUCCGGUCCCGGACACGGCGCCCCCGGGAUCCUCUCGCAAUCCUAUCUAGAAGGUGUCUACUCCGAAGUCUACCCGGACAAAGUGCAGGAUGAAGAGGGCAUGAAGAAGUUCUUCAAGCUAUUCUCCUUCCCGGGCGGGAUUGGAAGUCAUGCGACUCCAGAGACGCCCGGUAGUUUGCACGAGGGAGGCGAGCUGGGGUACUCGCUCUCGCAUGCCUUCGGUACCGUAUUUGACAAACCCGAUCUCAUUACUUUGACAAUGGUUGGAGACGGCGAGUCCGAGACGGGCCCGCUUGCAACUAGCUGGCAUAGCACGAAGUUUCUGAACCCCAUCACCGAUGGCGCAGUCUUGCCUGUUCUUCAUCUGAACGGAUAUAAAAUCAAUAACCCGACUGUCCUUGCGCGCAUCAGCCACGAGGAGCUUUCGUCCUUGCUUUUCGGCUACGGGUGGAAAGCCUACUUUGUGGAGGGAAGUGAGUUUGACAGUAUGCAUCAAGCCAUGGCGGCUACACUUGAACAAUGUGUCACCGAGAUCAAGGGGUACCAGAAGAAAGCGCGCGAGACAAAGACCCCAUUCCGACCCCUCUGGCCGAUGAUUGUUCUUCGCACUCCCAAAGGCUGGUCAGCGCCACGAGAAGUUGAUGGGCAUCUUCUCGAGGGGUUUUGGCGCGCUCAUCAGAUCCCUAUCGUUGAUGUCCGCACUAAUACUAAGCAUCUGCAAGUGUUGGAGAAUUGGAUGAGGCGCUACAAGCCAGAGGAGCUCUUCGACGAGAACGGCACAUUGAUUCCGGAACUCAAGGAACUUGCACCAACAGGCAAAUCGCGCAUCAGUGCCAACCCGGUUGGUAACGGGGGUCUCCUACGCCGGCCGCUUAAUCUACCGGAUUUCCGAGACUACGGAUUCACAGACAUCAACGCGGGCAGAACAGUCAAGGGAGGAAUGGCCAAUAUGGCCAAGUUCCUUCGAGACGUAGUCGCCCAGAACAUGCACAACUUCCGACUCUUUGGACCCGACGAGACAGAAUCCAAUAAGCUCUCCGAGGUCUAUAAAGCCGGCAAGAAAGUCUGGAUGGGAGAAUAUUUCGACGAAGACGCAGACGGCGGGAACCUCGCCCCAGACGGCCGGGUCAUGGAGAUCCUCAGCGAACACACCUGCGAAGGCUGGCUCGAAGGCUACAUUCUCUCCGGUCGGCACGGCCUCCUCAACAGCUAUGAGCCCUUCAUCCACGUCAUCGACUCGAUGGUCAACCAACACUGCAAAUGGCUCGAGAAGUGCCUAGAAGUCGAAUGGCGAGCCCGCGUCGCCUCCCUCAACAUCCUCAUCACGGCCACAGUCUGGCGACAAGACCACAACGGCUUCACCCACCAAGACCCAGGCUUCCUCGACGUCGUCGCCAACAAAAGCCCGGAGGUAGUCCGCAUCUAUCUCCCGCCAGAUGGCAACACCCUCCUCUCGGUCAUGGACCACUGUCUCCGCAGUCAGAACUACGUGAACGUCAUCGUCGCCGAUAAACAGGAGCACAUCCAGUUCCUGAACGUGGACGCAGCCGUGCAGCACUGUACCAAGGGUGUCGGGAUCUGGGACUGGGCGAGCAACGACCAAGGCGCCGAACCGGAUAUAGUGAUUGCGUCUUGCGGCGACGUCUCGACGCACGAAGCACUAGCCGCGACAGCCUUGCUGCGCGAGCACCUCCCGCAGCUGAAAGUGCGGUUCGUGAACGUGGUUGACUUGUUCCGGCUGAUGUCAGCCAUUCAACAUCCGCAUGGAAUGCCGGAUACUCAGUGGAAGGCUAUUUUCACCGUUGACAAGCCCAUCUUGUUUAAUUUCCAUUCGUAUCCAUGGCUUAUCCAUCGACUCACGUACAAGCGGCCCGGACAACAUCAUCUGCAUGUGAGAGGGUAUCGGGAGAAGGGCAAUAUCGAUACUCCGUUUGAAUUGGCCGUGCGCAAUCAGACUGAUCGGUAUAGUCUCGCGGUGGAUGCGAUUGACUUGGUGGAAUCGCUUGGGAAUACGGCGUCUAGCACGAGGGAGAGAUUGAUCAAUGAGCAGCUUGCGGGUAAGGCCGAGGCCUUUGAAAAUGGGCUUGAUCCGGAACAUAUUCGCAACUGGAGUUGGCCCUGGCCGGUUGACUGA